AAAACCUUCCGUCUUUUUGCUCAUUGCUUCUGAAGAGGAACUUCGUGCAGUGACGUUUUCAGACACGUCAGCUAAAGUUACCCGGACACAUUUCCGUGCUGCACACUACGCUCUUCUUGGCUGUCCUGUGUUUUUGUCCAUCGAUGUGUUUUUAAGUUAAACGGUAGUCUAAUUAUUUCUCUUUAUUCAUUUCAUCUAUUAGGACGUUACCGUGUUUUAGCCGAACAAUCUUAUGAAACAAGCCGCUGAUUGACUCACUCAUUCCUCUAAUUUUGUGUGUUUGUUUCUGCUUUGGCAUGCUGUCAUCACCAGAUUUAUUGUGGGCACAGCAGGUUUGAUGCCCUCUGCUCCAUCAUGGAGCCCUCAGAUUUGACGACACGCAGGAACGGGCUACAGAGGAGAGUACCAGGUGCCUCCACCCUGUCUGAGCACAUCGGCUCAAUGGACAGAGGGGAGACGAGUUCUCCUGAGCCGGAGACGGAAGAGGAGGCAGACAGCCUCAUCAGGAGCUCAGACAGAGAGAACAGGAGGCGUCACCGGGUUCGGCCGGGUAUCCGUGGUGAACUGGGGAAUAUAGCACUUCUCCUGUUCCUCUAUGUGCUGCAGGGGAUUCCCUUGGGACUGGCUGGCAGCAUCCCCCUAAUCUUACAGAGCAAGAGCGUCAGCUACAAAGACCAAGCCUUCUUCAGCUUCGUCUUCUGGCCGUUCAGUUUGAAGCUUUUCUGGGCACCGCUGGUGGACGCCCUGUACUUCAGCAGGUUUGGGAGAAGGAAGUCGUGGCUGGUGCCCACUCAGUACCUGCUGGGGCUGUUCAUGCUCUAUCUUUCGGCAACAGUCACCUCACUGCUGCAGAGCGAGGAGGGGCCCAAGGUGGGCACGCUCACUGCAGUCUUCUUUAUGCUUGCCUUCCUGGCAGCCACACAGGAUAUAGCUGUGGAUGGCUGGGCCCUCACCAUGUUGUCUAGAGAAAAUGUGGGCUAUGCGUCUACCUGCAACUCCGUAGGCCAGACGGCGGGGUAUUUCCUGGGGAACGUGCUCUUUCUGGCUCUGGAGUCUGCUGAAUUUUGCAACAAGUACCUCCGAAUAGUGCCCAAAGACACCGGCAUCGUCACCCUGCCAGAUUUUUUAUUUUUCUGGGGGGUUAUAUUCCUAGUCUCCACUACCCUGGUGGCCAUCCUCAAAAGGGAGAACGAUCACAGCAGAGGCAGGAGGAACGUCCCGGAAGAGACUCAGGGUGUCACGGAAACCUACAGGCUCCUGUUCUCCAUCGUCAAGAUGCCCACAGUCUUCACUUUUUGUUCCCUGCUCCUCACAGCUAAAAUCGGUUUCUCUGCAGCAGAUGCCGUUACAGGUCUGAAGCUGGUGGAGGCUGGAGUCCCCAAAGAGCAGCUGGCGCUCCUGGCGGUUCCCAUGGUGCCUCUGCAGAUCCUUCUGCCGGUGAUCAUCAGCAGAUACACGGCGGGGCCCCGACCCCUUGACGUCUUUUAUAAAGCCUUUCCGUUCCGGUUGCUUAUCGGGCUUGAGUACGCUCUGCUGGUAUGGUGGACCCCCCAUGUGAAGCAAGAAGGAGGAUUCCCACUUUACUACUACGCCAUAAUCCUGCUCAGCUAUGCAUUGCAUCAGGUGGCGCUGUACAGCAUGUACGUGGCCUGCAUGGCCUUCCACGCCAAAGUGAGUGACCCCCUCAUAGGAGGGACCUACAUGACGCUGCUUAACACAGUCACUAACCUGGGAGGAAACUGGCCCUCCACCGUGGCUCUGUGGAUGGUCGACCCUCUGACCUCUAAGGAGUGCCAGGGGGCCGUGGGACAGAGCUGCAGCUCGUCACUGGAGGCGGAGUUGGGUGUCAAGGAAGGAGGCGUUUGUGUGACGACCAUGGACGGCUACUACGUGGAGUCUGUGGUGUGUGUCGUCAUCGGUUUGCUGUGGUGGCUGUGGCUGGGGAAGAGGAUGAGGCGGCUGCAGGAGCAGAGCUCGUCUGCGUGGAGAUGCAGGGUGAACCAGUGAUACGAAUCCUACAGACAUUUCAGUAGUGAGCUGCACCUUCAUUUUCUGCUCCAAAACCAGCUGGACUCACAGUCGUUCCCACACAGCAACGUUUUGCUCUGGUCUGGCUUUUUCGCUGCCGGAUCGAGGGGACACUUACCAUUAAACAUGCCACUUUAAUGUACACACAUAUGAAGUAAGCCACCAUCACUGUCUUCUUCUUUUUAUUUUUAUUUUUUUUAAACUAUUGCCGCCGUCUUAUAAAGUGUCCUAGUAGAUUUUUACCAUGUUGUGCUGCUUAAGCAAAACCAAACAAAGGCUGGGUCAAAGAAGAUCUUGACAAUUAUUUUUUUUUCAUCUGAAAAAAGAAUUUUUUAAGAUGCUUUAUGGGUUUUAGUACUUCAUCUUCAAACCCAUCUAUCUUUCUUAUAUGAAAGGAAUAUUCACAGAGCCAGAUGCACUAAUCUUAACUCAAAGCACAUGUGAAGAUUUCUCCUCAUAUCCCUGACCUGAACUACGAAGCAGGAAAAGAGUCUAAGUGCAGUUCAGAGAGAAACAGUUAGAGAAAUAGGACGCGGUUACGUAUAAAUGUUUUAAAAAGAAAAAGGAUAAAGAAUAUCUACAGUAUGCAGAAAUAUCUUCUCUUCAUUGUCCCUGUUUCAGUUUAACUAAGGAGAACAUUUUGGGAGACAUCUUACUAUAAUAUUUAUAGUAUUCUAUAAAUAUUAUACUAUAAUAUCAUAUACUCUACUGUACUAUAAUAUAUUUAUAAUUUAAAUCCAUACAAAGGAAUAAAAUAAUUUUUGUCUCCUCCAUUGUAGAAGGGUGCUGCAUUAAAUAUUUGUCUUGUACUUUCAUAUCAGUCAUAUUAGUUAUAGAGUUGGACCAAUCAAGCCCCUGCCAGUUUCUGGUUUUCUUUGAUCUCUGACCUGCCGGUUUCUGUUCAUCCUCUGACUGUAGUACAGAAGAGGAAAACAGGGGCGGCAAGUUCUUUGAUAGGUGUUGUAGUUUUGUAUUCAAAAGAAAAUGAAGGAAUAACACGGUUAUCCCCAUUUAUGCACAAAAUUGAUCUGAUUUUGUCAGAAAAUGUGCAUUAUAGCAUCUGCUGCUGGUUCAGAUGUUUAUGUCCUGAAAAUAGCAAAGGAAUGUUUGGAUUAUUUAUUUGAGCCUGAAGAUUGCAAUUUGAAAUCCUAGGCGGCAGAAAAUUAACUUUAACUUAGAAGGCAUGAGUGCUGGUGAAUAUGCCGAGAGCAGAAUAAAUUCACUUCUAUUCCACUCCUGGCCACUGUAAUCUCUCACGCGUGGAUUUCUGCUGCACUAAUCCAGCAGCACGAAUACCAGAUUACGAUGAAAAUGCUAACGGUAUGAAUUUGAGUACGUUAGCAUCAGUUGCUACAUUCCAAACGUGUGCUACCGCUGUUACCAUGGUGAUAUACUGUGCAGCCUAAUUUAGAAAGUUGCAACAGAGACGGUGAUUUUCACAAGCUGCAUCCAGCUGAACAAGACUGAAACCGGCCACCAGACGAGACGCACAUGUUUAAAUACAUUGUAAACAAUCAGCGCUACCGCUGCUUUUAUCGCGUAGCCGUGUACGUUAGCUAGAUCAAUAAUUUACACAGAAAUAAUCUGCAUAUUUUAUUUACUUUGACCGUGUUGCUUUCGGCGGACUGAAAAUAUUACUUUGAUUUCAUGUCACUCUAAAAAUAUAGUCAUUACGGUGGACGGCGUUGUGAUCCCAACUCAGGACGUUACAACCGAUUAGUGACGGUGUGACGCUGAAGUACUGCAGAGCGGGAUGGACACACUCAACCCGGCUUCAUAGUUUGCUGCCCAACUCCCAAGUUCAACCUGUUAUGAUUUAAAAUACUCAGAUUUCUAACAUGUUUCAUCAUUUCUAUUGUGGUUGGUUUUGUUUCUUUAAACCGUGCCUUGUUUAGUGUCUUCAAGUCAGUUCAUUGUCAAAACUUUUAUCUGAAUUUGAAAAAUGAAGGUAGGUUAUGCUGCCAUCAUGUGGCAGAGAAGGGGGACUGCUAAUUACCCACACUUUACACUGUUGCCCUCAAAUAAUUGUGAAGGUACUCAAGUUCCUUUGAGUUUCUCAACACACUAGAGCUUUAAUCCGCCAGUUGUUUCUGUGCGCCAGUGGAAGUGUGCGCUCCUUAGAGAAGAAUUAGAUUUGCACUUUGUAAUCUAAAAACUCGUCGUCGUCUAUAUGGUUAAAUGAAUGGAGAUGCCGAAACGUCAUUUUGCCUUUUUAAAAUGAUACAAAACUUCCAUGAGCAAUUACAAACGAUGGUCAGUAUAUUGGUUUGGGAAAUCUUUUCAGUGCAGCUUUUUCCAGUUUGUUGGUUGCAUUGUAACUGCAUUUACUGCACAAGUUCAUAUUAUUACAGGAAACAUUUAAUAUCUAUUUAGUCUGUUUAGAUAAGUGGAUGAUGUCAUGGAUACCUUUACAUCGUAUCAGCCAUGAGGGACGAUUAGUGCGAGUGUAACGUCUGAAUGGUGGUUACCAAAAUUCCCUGGUGAAAACAUUGAUAAGGGUCGUUUGUAGCUUGUGAAAUACAUUAAAUAUAUUGAUUUGAGGAGCUGGUACUUGCUGUUGUUUAUAAUAAAUGCACUGAAAGCAUGAUUUAUAUCAAAUGAAUUAGUUGGACAACAGGAAACAAGGGAAAAGCGUCUAAAUUACGUGUUUUUUUUUCUGUUCCUGAGCCUUCUACUCUUUUUAAAUGUGUAUCUGUCCUUUUUAUAUUAGACAUUAAUUAAGCUCGGCUCACAGCAAUAUUAUGAGAAUGUUUUAUAUUUACUUGCUGCAGAUCAUCCAUUUAGAUAGUUCUGUCAUUGACACUGUUUACUGAUUUAGUUUGAUAAUUGGUGUUUUUCCAGGUGGUGGGCAACUACUUAAGAGUUUUAUUAUAUUAUUUUAUUCUAUUCAUAAUAUAUAUAUUUUUAGUUCUUGCACAGCUUUAGUUUACUGCGAUUCAAAUUCCACAAUAGGGUGCCAAAACAAAUUUGCCCAGACUCAGGCCCCGUCUACAUUUAUUUGCAUCUGACGUUUUGUUCUUGUCCGCACAAAAACAAAGGUUUUGGUCAAAUAAAUUGCGAUUUAAAAGGCUUUCAAAGGUUUAUUGACAGAUGGUUUUAUUGUCAGUGAAUUUUUUUUCUUUUUUCUUCAUUUUCCUUACAAACAAACUGUUUUUAAUAUCUGACUAAUGAAGCCAAAGCUUAGAAGCUAUGGACUUCUCCAGGAAUAAUUAGAUCAACUUAAGACAUCUGAAUUGAAGCAUUUACUAAAUUGGAAUUUUUUUUCUACAUUCCAAAGUCUUUAAGAUAAUAAAAUAAAAUAAAAUCAUAACCACUGUGGUUCUAAAGGCUUAAUUUCAAUUGGAUGGAACAAAAUGAAAUUUUGACGUCAUUUUUGUAUCGAAGGUGGAACCUGGAAAGUCUGAAUUUGAAAAUUAUUUUACCAUCCUUAUGAUACUCUGUAGAUCCUCUUGGAUUUCUGUCUGCUCUGCUCUCAGGCUCUGCUUGUUUUUACUACCUUGAGUCUUUUCCUUCCACUGUCACCAUGUGCUUGUGUCAUAACUGGGAACAGACUGGAAUGUGUGUAAUCUUAAUGGUUGGAUUAAUCUGGUCGCACACUUCUGGAUGGUGGUUGGACCCAUUUGUCCUGUGAAGUGCCUUGAGGUGACAUUUGUUAAUGAGUGAAGUGAUGCUACACAAAUAAACCGAGUUCAAAGUAAAUCCCACGUUGUAACAGAAUCCCGCCGAAGGAAAAGAACGACUAAAAGUGAUUGAAUAUUGAGAUCUCAAUAAAUAUUUGUAAUUAAAAACAUACACUUCA